UCCUAGAAGGAACUUCCCUUGCCAGGCUUCUCAGCGGUGGCUCAUCCUUCUGUGAGGAGGCUCAGCCUGGAGCAUGCAGCAGGACGGGAUCAGUAGCAUGAACCAGCUCGGGGGGCUCUUUGUGAAUGGCCGGCCCCUGCCUCUGGAUACCAGGCAGCAGAUUGUGCGGCUGGCAGUCAGUGGAAUGCGACCCUGUGACAUCUCACGGAGCCUGAAGGUAUCUAACGGCUGUGUGAGCAAGAUCCUAGGGCGCUACUACCGCACAGGUGUCUUGGAGCCCAAGGGCAUUGGGGGAAGCAAGCCACGGCUGGCUACACCCCCAGUGGUGGCUCGAAUUGCCCAGCUGAAGGGUGAGUGUCCGGCUCUCUUUGCCUGGGAGAUCCAACGCCAGCUUUGUGCUGAGGGGCUUUGUACCCAGGACAAGACUCCCAGUGUCUCCUCCAUCAACCGAGUCCUGCGGGCACUGCAGGAGGACCAGGGACUACCGUGGGCACAGCUCAGGUCACCAGUUGUUUCAGCUCCAACUCUACCCACUCCCCAUAGUGGCUCUGAGACUCCCCGGGGUCCCCACCCAGGGACCAGCCACCGGAAUCGGACCAUCUUCUCCCCAGGCCAAGCAGAGGCAUUGGAGAAAGAGUUCCAGCGUGGGCAGUAUCCUGAUUCAGUGGCUCGUGGAAAGCUGGCUGCUGCCACCUCUCUGCCUGAGGACACGGUGAGGGUCUGGUUUUCCAACAGAAGAGCCAAAUGGCGCCGACAAGAGAAGCUCAAGUGGGAAAUGCAGCUUCUAGGUGCUUCCCAGGGGCUGACUGCACCAACAGUUGCCCCAGGAAUCAUCUCUGCACAGCAGUCCCCUGGCAGUGUGCCCACAGCAGCCCUGCCUGCCCCGGAACUACUGGGUCCCUCCUGCUAUCAGCUGUGCUGGGCAACAGCACCAGACAGGUGUCUGAGUGACACCCCACCUAAAUCCUGUCUCAAGCCCUGCUGGGGCCACUUGCCCCCACAGCCAAAUUCCCUGGACUCGGGACUGCUUUGCCUUCCUCGUUCUUCCUCCCACUGGCCCCUGGCCAGUCUUGGUAGCUCUCAGGCCCUGCUCUGGCCUGGCUGCCCACUGCUAUAAGCUUGGAGUGAGGCAGGAGUGGGAAGGAGAUGGCCUAGGGAGGAUCUAAUACCAUCCUGCCCAUGUCCUUACUGUCCUGCCCAUGCAGACUAUGGCUCCUUCCUCCUUCCAGUGAUUGCUCCCUCCUGUGUGGACCUUAUCUGGCCCUGCCUUGCUGCCUCUCCAGCACAUCACCUGAUUGGAGGGGCUGGUGAAGUGACACCCACCCACUUCUCACACUGGCCUUAAGAGGCCUCCACU